AUGCUUUAUCUCUGUCUGGGUCAGUCUGGGUCUGUCUGGGGUUCCUGGUCUCCACUCCUCUGCCUGGUUGUGACUAGCUCUUCUCUUCUUCUCUCCUCUCUCUCUCUCUGACAGUACAAAGGCUGGAAUAACUCUCUCUUCAACACAGUGAACCCCUCUACCUGCCUACCUGCUGUGUGUGUGUGUGUGUGUAUGUGUGUGUGUGUUUCAGGGGCAGCGUGUGUGUGCUGGGUGUCUGAUUACCUGUGCAGGUACUACCCAGUCUGCCAGUCAGUUAGUGGAAUGCUGGUGCUGGGCCACGCUGCUCAGGUGCAGCUUGCCUCUGGUUACCCACUGAUUCAGAGUCUGUUAGCUUUAAACCUUAUUUCAAUCUUCACCAGUCUGUGCUAAUGAACACAUCUGAUCCUAGACCAGGAGUUAGGGUAUACAGGGUCACUUGUGUGUUGUGGUGGGUUGGAUAUUGAGGUCUGUGACAGCUCAGGUUACAGCACUGAAACUGAUAGGCCUCAGGUGAGAGAGAGAGAGGGAGAGAGAGGGAGAGAGAGAGCUUCGCAUAUCUCCCCACAGAACAAGAGAGAAAGGAGAAUACAGGGUAAACUGCUCUAGGGUGACUGACUGCUACUUUAAUAUUUAUACAGGCGAAUAAAGCAUCCGUUUAUCAGUCGCUCAUUCAGCCCACGCUAUUGUCAGACAUACAUAUUUUAUUACUCUUUAUAAUGAUGAGGGGUGAGGCAGCUAGCUUCAUAUUUAAUUUCAAAUUGCAAAAACAUUUAACUUCUUAUACAGCAAGACGUAGACUGGAUGCACAAGAUAGUUCACAGAGAAGACAACAGUCAACACAGAAUACACAGGACAACGUACAUGAAAUAACAUGAGCAUUUGGGUUAAAUGGAUACUUCAGGAUUUUGAAUGAAGCCCUUUAUCUACUUCUCCAGAGUCAGAUGAACUUGUGGAUACCAUUUUUAUGUCUCUGCAUGCAAUUGCUAACUAGCGUAAUGACCGGAAAUCUAUGGUAACUGCUAGCAUGCUGGUAGAUACCAAAGAUUUCCAGUCAUUGCGCUAGUUAGCAUUGGCUCACACAACUACCUCUAUCUUCCUUCAUACUGGAUGCAGAUACAUAAACAUGGUAUCCAUGAGUUCAUCUGACUUUGGGGACAUAGAUAAAGGCCUUCAUUCAAAAUCCCGAAGUAUCCCUGUUUGGUCUAUAAUAGAUUAUAAUAAUUAUCUAAAGUAGGCCAUGACUCAUUGACAGACACAUCUGUUUCAGCAGGAGUAUUGACAAAUCAUGGUGUAAACAAUAAUCCAUUUACCUUUCUGAAAUAUGAUACACUCUGCAAGCAAACUGAAAUAGGCAGAUCCAUAAAAAUGCCUUUGCACUCUGUCUCUCACCUUCUCUCUCGACAUCUCUCUGUAUACCUCUCUCUCGCUCUCUCUCUCUCUCUCUCCCCCUCCCUCCCUGGGUUAAGCAGCUACGUGGCAGGGCAUUGUUACACAUGGACAAAUUGAACAAUGCGCUGGAGAUUAAACAUGCAUGAUCUGCUUUGUCUGAGGAUGUAAACAGAGCUUUAGUUUACACUCACUACCUAGCAGGCUUAGACUCACACACACACACACACACACACACAGACACACAGACACACGGUUACAACCCGGAUUGUCUAUGCAUCACAAGACUGUUACCCACUGAGCUAAAGCCAAAGCAUUACUUCGGGGAGCUACCCAAUCUUCAGUUCUCAGGCAAGAUUCACCGAAUGAGGAGGAAUAUGGGAUUCCGUUUUUGUUCUUAUGAUCUGUCUGGACAUUCAAAACUGUCAUAGUUUAAAGUCAGUCCUGUUGGUAUGAUGUCGCUUCCAGAGAUAUGUCUAGACUAGAGCAUAACUGACCUCUAGUGGUCAAUAUUAGAAAAUGCGCUUGUCCUGUCUGAAAUACAUUGUUAUCAUAUACAGUUGAAGUCGGAAGUUUACAUACACUUAGGUUGGAGUCAUUAAAAAUCAUUUUUACAACCACUCCACAAACAGGGAAUUUUUACUAGAAUCAAAUGUCAGGAAUUGUGAAAAACUGAGUUUAAAUGCAUUUGGCUAAGGUGUAUGUAAACUUCCGACUUCAACUGUACAGUGCAACAAGCUCUCACAGUCUCACGUCAGAAUUAGACGUUCAUUCAUGUUUCUCAAACGUCAAAUUCGAAGUGUUUGGUUACUUCUUUGUAUCGUUCCAAGGUUAAGUUUAGGCAUUAUCUCUGAAUUCUUAAGAUUAGGCAUUAACUCCGAAUGGUUAAGGUAAGGGUUAAGGUUUGGGAUAGGCUUAAAAUAACAACAUCAAAAACAUGCAGCCUUUGUAACCAGAGGCAAACGCUUACGCCCAUCUGCCAUUCACAAUACCUAGUUAAAGGUAACAGCGCUCACUGUUGCCCCUAGUGGCCGGCCAGUUUCCAUGUCAUCUCCUGACGUCCUCAGACAUGGAUGGACGUUGAAUACUGACUUGUAUCACGGUUGACCUGCCUGAUACAUUCAGGUCCAUAAUUAUUGGCACCCUUGGUAAAGAUGAACAAAAAAGACUGUAUAAAAGAAAUACAAAUACUGAGAUCAAUUAAGAGUGAUGCUAGGGAGCGCUUGAUAAAGGGGGCGUAAUCAGGGUAGUGAUGGAGUACAGGUGUGCCUCAUGAUGGGGCGCAGGUGUGCGUAAUGAUGGGUUGCCAGGACCUGUGGUUAGUAGACCGGCGACGUUGAGCGCCGGAGAGGGGGAGCGGGAGUACUGUCGUGGUCAAAAGUUUUGAGAAUGACACAAGUAUUGGUCUUCAAAGUUUGCUGCUUUAGUGUUUUUAGAUAUUUUUGUCAGAUGUUACUAUGGUAUACUGAAGUAUAAUUACAAGCAUUCCAUAAGUGUCAAAGGCUUUUAUUGACAAUUACAUUAAGUUUAUGCAAAGAGUCAAUAUUUGCAGCGUUGACCCUUCCUUUUCAAGACCUCUGCAAUCCGCUCUGGCAUGCUGUCAAUUAACUUCUGGGCCACAUCCUGACUGAUGGCAGCCCAUUCUUGCAUAAUCUAUGCUUGGAGUUUGUGGGUUUUUGUUUGUCCACCCGCCUCUUGAGGAUUGACCACAAGUUCUCAAUGGGAUUAAGGUCUGGGGAGUUUCCUGGCCAUGGACACGAAAUUUCGAUGUUUUGUUCCCCGAGCCACUUAGUUAUCACUUUUGCCUUAUGGCGAGGUGCUCCAUCAUGCUGGAAAAGGCAUUGUUCGUCACCAAACUGUUCUUGGAUGGUUGCGAGAAGUUGCUCUCGGAGGAUGUGUUGGUAUCAUUCUUUACUCAUGGCUGUGUUCUUAGGCAAUAUUGUGAGUGAGCCCACUCCCUUGGCUGAGAAGCAACCCCACACAUGAAUGGUCUCAGGAUGCUUUACUGUUGGCAUGACACAGGACUGAUGGUAGCACUCACCUUGUCUUCUCCGGACAAUCUUUUUUCCGGAUGCCCCAAACAAUCGGAAAGGGGAUUCAUCAGAGAAAAUGACUUUACCCCAGUCCUCAGCAGUCCAAUCCCUGUACCUUUUGCAGAAUAUCAGUCUGUCCCUGAUGUUUUUCCUGGAGAGAAGUGGCUUCUUUGCUGACCUUCUUGACACCAGGCCAUCCUCCAAAAUGAUUUGCCUCACUGUGCGUGCAGAUGCACUCACACCUGCCUGCUGCCUUUCCUGAGCAAGCUCUGCACUGGUGGUGCCCCGAUCCUGCAGCUGAAUCAACUUUAGGAGACGGUCCUGGCGCUUGCUGGACUUUCUUGGGCGCCCUGAAGCCUUCUUCACAACAAAUGAACCUCUCUCCUUGAAUUUCUUGAUAUUCCGAUAAAUGGUGGAUUUAGGUGCAAUCUUACUAGCAGCAAUGUCCUUGCCUGUGAAGCCCUUCUUGUGCAAAGCAAUGAUGACGGCACGUGUUUCCUUGCAGGUAACCAUGGUUAACAGAGGAAGAACAAUGAUUUCAAGCACCACCCUCCUUUUAAAGCUUGCAGUCUGUCAUGCUGAUUGAGUUAGAAUAACAGAGUGAUCUCCAGCCUUGUCCUCGUCAACACUCUCACCUGUGUUAAUGAGAGAAUCACUGACAUGAUGUCAGCUGGUCCUUUUGUGGCAGGGCUGAAAUGCAGUGGAAAUGUUUUUGGGGGAUUAAGUUCAUUUUCAUGGCAAAGAGGGACUUUGCAAUUAAUUGCAAUUCAUCUGAUCACUCUUCAUAACAUUCUGGAGUAUAUGCAAAUUGCCAUCAUCAAAACUGAGGCAGCAGACUUUGUGAAAAUUAAUAUUUGUGUCAUUCUCAAAACUUUUGACCACGACCGUAGACGGGACACCACUGGUCCUGGGGCCCUUGUUAAGGUCAACAGCAUCAUGAACGUUACCAAGUACCAGGACAUUUUAGCCAAAAACCUGGUUGCCUCUGCCAGGAGGCUGACACUUGGCCGCAAAUGGAUCUUCCAGCAAGACAAUAACCCCAAGCGCUAAUCAAAAUCCACAAAAAAUUGUUAAUUGACCUCAAAAUCAAAAUGUUUGUCUCUGGACCUGAACUCCAUUUAAUUGAUGAGGGCAGUGCAUAAGAGCAGAUGAAGGAUAUCAAGGAUCUGGAAACAUUCUGUAUGAAGGAAUGGUCUAAAGAUCCCUCCCUACAUGUUCUCCAGUCUCAUAAAACAUUUUCGAAAAAGCCUCACCCACUGGGCAAAAACAGUUGUUUCCACAUUAUUUCAAUCAAAAAAAUCUAUGUGAUGUCUUGAAUCAACGUGGAAAACUGAUUGGAUUUGCAAAAAGUCAGUGUAAGGGAAUUUCGUAUUUUUUUCAACCAACUUUUGAAUCUGAAUCUGUGCCCAGUGGGCAUUGUCGUUAUCCUCGCAAGGGUAGGGUGCUAGGGUAUAGAGAAACAGUAAUGGUAUCUUUUGGUAGGCACAAACUCCUCAAUGGUUCGUUGGAGAAAGCCUAUGGGGAAAUGAAUGGCGUUUCUGUAGGGUUUUUGAACAAAUGCCGAAAAUAAGGCCUAUGAUAAACACAGUUUUGAGAUCUUAUACGUUUUGUUCUAUGAUAUAAUCUUCAUUAGCUAACGUCACUUUUUGUGAAUUUUGAAGCCUUUAUGAACCUAUUUUAUAAAAGCACAUAAAGGCUUCAUAAUUCAUAAAGGUAAUGUGAACUGACUGAUAUUAUCUCAUAGAACAAAAUGUAUAAGAUCUCCUAAGCCUGUGUUAACCUAUUUUAGGCGUUUAUCCCAAAACUGUUCUUUCCCCAUUCAUUUCCCCAUAGGGAUGGCUGAACGAACCAGAGGUAACUCAUUUCCGGGUUUAAGGACUACAAGCUGGCGAGCUCUAGAGGAAACAGGGUGGCAAUAAUUUUGACCCCUAUCUGUUUAAGAUUUCUUUAUUAUUCUUUCUCUGAGACAUUUUUUUUAGCAUACAAUAUAGCUCAGUAUUUGUAUUAUUUAUUUUAUAGCCUACAGUUUUUUUUGCUCAUAUAUUUAAAGGGUGCCAAUAAUUAUAGACCUGAUUAUACAUUUCCAUAUCAAGUCAUGGGAUACUGUAAACCACUUAGAAUAUUUGUGCUCAGUUGAGUGAAAUGGCCAAUAGUUACAAAAUAUAGGAAACCACAAUUCUGAACCCUAGCAGUGAAAGUGCAGCCUAUGUGAAAGCUAGCUUUCAUAGAUUCUACAAGGACAGGUAGGCUAACUAUGGUUAUAUUGAAAAUAACGAAUUGUUAGGUAAAUAUUCAAAUUAAUCUAAAUACAAAACUGCUGCACUGAUUGUGCUCUGUAUGUAGGACUCACUGAGGUAUAAAGAAUCCUAAGACUACUGUAAUGCUGCAUUCAUGACACAUCGGAAACUCAGAAAAUUUGAAUAAUAAACCUGGAGAACGAGUUGUGUGCAUUCACGUGCUAUCAACAAGCUGCGUCAACCAUAAACGAGAAAAGUAGCCUACAGUUAAACAAAUUAAAAUGUCGCAGCACGAGGAAACCAGAGUUUCCCCAUUUUUAAUUACGAGUUGGAGGGACCAUUCAAUAGAUUUUCCCCAUUCGGAAGCUCGUAUUUCCGACAUGUCAUGAACGCGGUUUUAUCGUAACAACGACUCCUCUCAAGCCUGCCCUUAUCAGACCACCGACGUCACCGUCGAGUCAAACACCGGUAGAUGCAAAUUGCAAACAUACAACCAGAAUCUCAAACCCAUCGGUCGCAGGUAGAGAGAAAGGAAACCCACUUCAACCUAGACGUGACUCGGACAGCAUUUUAUUCAUUUGCGAUAUCAAACACGCAUAACGUUUAUCAGGCCUUUGCUUUAUGACUGUAAUCUAGCCUAUUUAGCUGUUUGACAUCGCUCUGUUCCCUGAUUCCUAUUAUGCCUUCCCAGUCUUGGUUUAUCGCUGGUACCGCUCUCCUCCUCUUUCUUCGGCAGGCAUUCGGGGCGAAGGGACCACAUCCAUGCACAGAGGUGAGAUCCACUGGCAGGACGCCGAUGUAUGUUGUCGGAGUUAUUUUUAGUAGCUGUAUUUUCUGUAGGCUAAUAAUAGUACAUACAUGUUAGUGGAAAACACAGGAUUGUGUUAUUUACCAGUUUAUCCAUUCAAAUAGAGAGUCAGAAGAGGAGUGUGAGUCAGGGUUCUACUGUGUAGAAUAACAUGAAUGCUAAACAGUUAUUAUUCCACAGACCAUUACUAAUACGAUUAUGAAGUGAUGACGCUGCACUUCCGGUCAGAUCCAUAUGUUUAUCUAAAUAUAAAUCACACACACCGCUUAGAGAGAGGGAGAUGCACUCCUUGACAACUAAUUACUCAUCCUGUUUCUCCAAACACCAGUCAGUCAUGCAUUCAGGUAGUCCUGUAGGAUUUCUGUGGAAUUGUUGCUUAGGACACUUGCACUGCUUAGGGCAAUGUGUGACUGAGUUAGGUGAAGGGCUUCAGAGGUGUGUGUGUGUGCGCAGUGUUCUGGGUUGUGUUGUCUCAACACUCAGGGGAGACUUUGUCUUAUCAGUUUCCUGCAUGGAGCUGCCUUUCCUUCCCGCCGUCUCUCUCGCUCUCUCCACUCAUCACCUCUGAGCCAUAGCACAUGGCUGGCUUAUGUUACAUUCAGAAGGACACAAACUCCAAUUUACUGUCCAGUCACAGUGACUCACCAGUGAAGUAUGCCUUGCAUGGUGACACAAGGAGAUUGCUAGCUGAAGUAUCAGUUUAUUAAAAGUAGUUCAACCAACGCCUCAAGGAGGAACUUGGAUGCAUGGAAAAGAUGGACGUCAUCACAAAAAUGGAUGAACCUACAGAUUGGGUAAGCUCACUGGUUAUUGUGGUGAAAAAGAACGGCGAUCUCAGGAUAUGUCUAGACCCGAGAGAUCUCAACAAAGCUAUCAAGCGAGAGCAUUUCAAGUUGCCAACCAGAGAAGAGAUAAUGUCGCAGUUUGCUGGAGCAAAGUGGUUCAGUAAGCUUGAUGCCUCAUCAGGAUUCUGGCAAAUGAAGCUAGAUGAUGCAAGCUCAAGGCUAUGCACAUUCAACACACCUGAGGGCAGGUACAGAUUUCUUCGUCUACCAUAUGGGAUUCUCUCAGCGCCAGAGGUCUACCUCAAGACAAUUCACAUGAUCUUAGAGCACAUUCCAGGAGUAGAGACCAUGAUGGACGACAUCAUCGUCUGGGGGUCCACAAAAGAAGAACAUGACGCGGGAGUGAGACAAGUGCUGGACCUGACACGGAAAGUCAACCUGAAACUAAACAAGGACAAAUGCGAGUUUGGUGUGAAAACACUUACCUUCGUGGGAGACGUACUUUCAGAGGAUGGAGUCAAACCAGACCCGAGGAAAACAUCAGCCAUCAACAACAUGGAGCGCCUACAGGCCAAAGCAGCAAGCAGAACCACUAAUGCCUCAUCCAGUACCCAACCAACCCUACUACAAAGUUGGAGUUGACCUUUUUGACUGCAAUGGCAAAUGUCACAUUGUUGUUACCGACUACUACUCAAACUACCCUGAAGUAGCAACACUGCCAACUACCUCCAGCAAAGCUGUAAUCACCUACCUGAAAUCAGUCUUUGCAAGACAUGGGGUUGCGUCUGAACUGUACUCGGACAAUGGCCCGCAGUUCUGAAUUCCGAUCAUUCGCUAACGACUGGGGAUUCCGACACAACACCUCCGGCCCCAACUACCCAAGGUCCAACGGCUUAGCAGAAAGUUCAGUCAAAAUGUUCAAAGAUCUGAUGAAAAAGGCACAUGAUGGAAAGGAGGACUUCCUAAAAGUAUGAUGAUCUACCGCAGCGCACCGCUGCAGAAUGGACUUUCACCUGCACAAAUGUUGAUGGGACGUCGCAUCAGAACCAACCUACCAUCCAUGAGGACUUGCUAACACCCAGAGGUGCUCACAACGUCAAACUCACAAAGGAAAAACAGAAAGACAAACAAAAACAGUGACAUUAUAAAGGUGCAAGACACUUAACUGAACUGAAACCUGGAGAUCAUACACGACUCCGAGACAUCACUACAGGAACCUGGGUGCGUGCAGAGAGAAGUUGCACCGCGAUCCUAUGAGAUCCAAACAGAGCAUGGAUCACAACUGAGACAAAACAGAGUGCAUCUAAGGCUUCAGCCAUUCACUCAAGGUACUGAGGAUCAUCAGGAGGAUACUGCUGUAGCGUCAAAUGCCUUUACCAAUGGACAAUUCAGUCAGAACACCCUGACUGACAAUGAACACUGUCCAACUGCUUCAGGAAGCACUUCAGCAGAAUGACCAAAAAUGACUGCCAGAGCCCCUGAAAGGCUUAUUGAGAAUUGCUUUUAAAAAAUCUUUUAAAAAGGGGCACCUGGAUUGGAUGUUUCUGUUUAUGUGAAAAGAAAUAGAGCCACAAUAGAGUAUUUUUGGACAGAAACUGCAUUUAGUUGAGAAAGAGAAAAGGGGAAAGAAAUGUGUGUUAUUGAAAAUUGCAUGUUUUGCAGGUUGAGUAAACAAAAUGUUUAAUUACAGAGAAAAAGUAGUUUUCUUUUAAAGGAAGGAAGAUGUGUUAUGUGUUAAAAACAUGAAGACUACGUUACCCAGCAGGCUAUGUGAGGGGGGAAAAGUUGAAGUAUGCUUGCAUGGCUACACAAGGAGAUUGCUAGCUGAAGUAUCAGUUUAUUAAAAGUAGUUCAACCUACACCCCGGUUUGUCAUUAUUUAAAGGAACAAACAUAACAACCAGGGCAUUGUGGAAUCUGUGCUCUGCACUUCCACAAGACUACCAUUUCUACCACCAGAAAACAAGUAUUCCGGCCUACAUUUAGCCUGGGGCAAUCUUGUCUAAAUAUCAGACUGUUACCAUGGUUAUUCCAUGGAUUAUCAGUCUGACCAAAGUCUUCCUAAAAAAGACACAAUAGUCUCUACAAGCCAGAAUGUUGAAUAAAAUUAUAUUUACACUUACAGUGGGGAAAAAAAGUAUUUAGUCAGCCACCAAUUGUGCAAGUUCUCUCACUUAAAAAGAUGAGAGAGGCCUGUAAUUUUCAUCAUAGGUACACGUCAACUAUGACAGACAAAUUGAGAAAAAAAAAUCCAGAAAAUCACAUUGUAGGAUUUUUAAUGAAUUUAUUUGCAAGUUAUGGUGGAAAAUAAGUAUUUGGUCACCUACAAACAAGCAAGAUUUCUGGCUCUCACAGACCUGUAACUUCUUCUUUAAGAGGCUCCUCUGUCCUCCACUCGUUACCUGUAUUAAUGGCACCUGUUUGAACUUGUUAUCAGUAUAAAAGACACCUGUCCACAACCUCAAACAGUCACACUCCAAACUCCACUAUGGCCAAGACCAAAGAGCUGUCAAAGGACACCAGAAACAAAAUUGUAGACCUGCACCAGGCUGGGAAGUCUGAAUCUGCAAUAGGUAAGCAGCUUGGUUUGAAGAAAUCAACUGUGGGAGCAAUUAUUAGGAAAUGGAAGACAUACAAGACCACUGAUAAUCUCCCUCGAUCUGGGGCUCCACGCAAGAUCUCACCCCGUGGGGUCAAAAUGAUCACAAGAACGGUGAGCAAAAAUCCCAGAACCACACGGGGGGACCUAGUGAAUGACCUGCAGAGAGCUGGGACCAAAGUAACAAAGCCUACCAUCAGUAACACACUACGCCGCCAGGGACUCAAAUCCUGCAGUGACAGACGUGUCCCCCUGCUUAAGCCAGUACAUGUCCAGGCCCGUCUGAAGUUUGCUAGAGUGCAUUUGGAUGAUCCAGAAGAGGAUUGGGAGAAUGUCAUAUGGUCAGAUGAAACCAAAAUAGAACUUUUUGGUAAAAACUCAACUCGUCGUGUUUGGAGGACAAAGAAUGCUGAGUUGCAUCCAAAGAACACCAUACCUACUGUGAAGCAUGGGGGUGGAAACAUCAUGCUUUGGGGCUGUUUUUCUGCAAAGGGACCAGGACGACUGAUCCGCGUAAAGGAAAGAAUGAAUGGGGCCAUGUAUCGUGAGAUUUUGAGUGAAAACCUCCUUCCAUCAGCAAGGGCAUUGAAGAUGAAACGUGGCUGGGUCUUUCAGCAUGACAAUGAUCCCAAACACACCGCCCGGGCAACGAAGGAGUGGCUUCGUAAGAAGCAUUUCAAGGUCCUGGAGUGGCCUAGCCAGUCUCCAGAUCUCAACCCCAUAGACAAUCUUUGGAGGGAGUUGAAAGUCCGUGUUGCCCAGCGACAGCCCCAAAACAUCACUGCUCUAGAGGAGAUCUGCAUGGAGGAAUGGGCCAAAAUACCAGCAACAGUGUGUGAAAACCUUGUGAAGGGUUGUUUACCCAACUUUUUGCAGCGCCAGUAGGUUCUGUCACUUUUAUUUUCAGUCUCUUCACGCAUUGCACGUGAUGCACAAUAUAUCAACAAUAGCCGAACGUAGUCGACCGACGCAUGUUUCCUCGCAAUCAGCUGUGGUUCGGUUAGGCUCGGCCAUAUUGUGCAAGUGUUUGUCACGUGCAAAUUGCAUCAGUAUUGAAAAUAAAAACAGACCAACGUACUCAAAGUAGGGCUAAUAACACUUCCCUGUGGAUAUUUUGUCUCAGAUUACCUCCUUCAUAAGGACAAAAUCAGCAGACAACAGGUAAAAUACUUUCAAAUGAAGUUUAUUCAAUAGUCUUGUGAUUGGACUGUUCACAAAAAGUAAGCCUACAUGAUAGAGACGAGAGAGGAGUCUUCCACUCUCAGAUUCGUAGAGUCUAGGGGCAAUCAUCCUCCUGGAGCCACUGAAUAUGCGUGCAUUUGCUCUCGCCUUGCCCUUUAGAACACAUCUGAUUCUGCUAAUCAAUGUCCUGAUGAGCAGAUGCUUAGAAUAAGGAGUGUUGGAGCAGGGCUGGAGCAAAAGCCUGCACACCCAGUAGCUCUGCAGAAGAAGGGUUGGCAGUCCCUGGUCUAGUGGAAUGUCUUUAGAAUGACACCAUAUAAGAGAAAAACCUGAUAUAUCAGUGCUUGAGGUAUAGAUCAUUAUCAGUUCAGAUUUGUCCUGGAACAGACUUCUUCUCCUAUCAGGUAACACAUGACAGGUAUGCAAAAUAUAUACUUCUGUUGAGUUAAUGUAUGGAGGAAUAGAUAAUUAAAGUUUAUGGCCUGAUUAUUGAUUGAAAUGAAUCUCAGUGAUACAUAGCUAUCAGUUAUUCCUGAGAGAAAGAGAGGGGGAAGGGGAGAGUUUAAGAAAGGUGGUAAUAAAUAAGUCAAUACAUUAUUUGAAAUCAAUAUCGUGAAACCUGGUGUGCAUGUGGCAUUCAUUCAUUUGCAUCAAACCAGUACUGCUGUUGGAUACAAAUAGCGUCAGUUUUGAGGAUGAAACAAUGGUGUUACUGUAAAGCCUAGGUAUGAUUCUACAACUUCAUAUAUCUGCCAUGUGUCAUGUCCAUGAGGCCCACAACAUGACCCCAUCAGCACAGUGACCAGACACGUGUGUGUGUCCUUCUAAAAGGUCAACAUUCCUUAGACAUGGCAAAAAGCAUGUUGUAUUUCACUCAAUGGUUUGGCAAUUAUUGGUUUGGCAAAAUCAAGGGGCAUUUUGGUCAGAAUAGUGAUUAAAUGAGUCAUGCUCUCUCUACAAUUUCCCUAACCAUAAUGGUGAACCACAUACUCCACAGCAUGUUUGUGUGUGUGAGAUAACACUUCAACAAUGUUCUCACAGUGACAAUUGCAAACCUUGAACUCAAAAACCUUAAAUCCUCAGAACCUUUAGCAAGACUGAACCAUCAAAUUCCAAUGCCUGGACAUACAGUUGUCAGUGAUUAGGGACAACUUCUACCUUCUCCAUUAUACUGACCUAGGAUCAGUUUUUAGGGACAACUUCUAUCUCAUCCACUUACACACUGUGUGCUGUGUCUUAGUUUCCUGUAUCCAUAGUGAUGGAAUGGGGGUGAAGAGAGAGAAUUCAGGGCCUUUGGUGGUCUUGGUGUUUACUGACCUCUCUCUGUCCCCAUGUCUGUCUUUUCUCUGUAUAUCUCACUGUUUCUCACAUACUGUUCAAAGACACACACACUCAACCCCUCUCUCUUUCUCUCCCUCACUGCGUAUCCAUGCUCUCUUGUGUUGCAGACAGACUACUACUAUGAAUAUACAGAGUGUGACAGUACAGGGUCGCGAUGGAGAGUAGCAAUCCCUCAGAGCCAUGGAUCCUGCAUUGGACUGCCCGAGCCUGUACGAGGGACAGAGUGCAGUAAGUACUGUGUGUGUGUCAGAGAUGUUUCUCACACCCUCUUAUCAGCUGGUUGGAAUUUCCUCCAGUAUUCCACAACGACCUGAUUGACUCUUUGGCACUGCUCCAGUCAUAGCACAGGGCAGAGCUGGCUUCAUGCUUGAACAACAGGCCAAUAACCUCAGAGCAUCAUACACACACACACACACACACACACACAGGUCUCACUAUGUUUACUUAUGAAUGUUCACGGGGGUCUUGAGGCUGACUUUGCUUCCCUAAAUAUCUCUAACUGAUGCAUGUCUGUGGAUAAGGUUUUAUUGACAUACACUCCCCUACAUAUUUAUUUGGACAGUUAAGCUAAAACUUUUAAUUUGGCUCUUUACUCCAGCAUUUUGGAUUUGAGAUCAAAUGUUUUAUGAGGCGACAGUACAAAAUGUCACCUUUUUAUUUGUUCAAACAUAUCUGUUUUAACGUUGAGAAAUGAAAGCACUUUAUGCAUCUAGUCCCCCCAUUUGAAGGUGUCAUAAGUAUUUGGACAAAUUCCCUUAGUGUAUUACAUUUAGUCAAAAGUUUAGUAUUCCUAGCGCGCAAUGACUACAUCAAGCUUGUGACUGUACAAACUUGUUGGAUGAAUUUGUAAUUUGUUUUGGUUAUGUUUAAGACCAAAAAGCUAGUUUUUCUAUUCAUACAUUUUUACGAUAUAGCAAAUGUUGACUUUGUGGCUGUGCUAUCUAGUGGAAACCCCUACCAGACCUUGCUGCUGCCCCCCACCCACUCAGCAACGAUUAUCUGCUCUCCUCCUCCAUGUUCUCACUUCUCAUCAAUAUGAUGGCUCGUUGCAGUGACGUAUGACAGCGUGUUCAUAGAUGUCCAACAAUCUGUUGUUAACGCCACGUAUGGUGUUUGAGAGCUCGCGCUUUGUACUUUCAGAGCAAUAAUUUCUCCAUCCGGGCCAUCACGUUUUUUGACAUGGCUUCUUGUAGUUUGUUUCUAGACAUGCCAUUAGGGCAACAUUGAAGCCGACAUCCUCUACCAUUGACAAUGGCUGCAUAGCAACUGCAAUAAUUUCUGUAAUCAGCGUUAUGAUUUUCUCAGUCCGUCCCUUAUCGCACUGCUGCCAGUGUAACCGGUGCUGUACUGCACUGCUGUAGCUCUGCAUUGUGUGUGAUUGAUUGGGAGUAUAGACGUGGACUUCGGAGAUCAGUUUGUUCUAAUGAAUCAGAAUUCUCUCUGCAUCCAAAAGAAAAGACAAAACAUUUGUAGAUCACAAAUAUGUUCUGCCCAUUGUCGCCUCUUUCUACAACAUAGACACACAAUACAAAGGACUGGGAUCAGUCGAGGAGCUAGCCAUCGUUCGCACAUACAAUACCUUAGCUAGCUAGUAACCCCAUGUUGAAUUCAAAAUGUUAAUAUCAUCCUAAAAAGUACAAUUACAAUUGCAUCUUAACAAUACCAUCCACUUAUGAGUAAACUCUAAAUAUACAACAUUAUUCAUGAACAUAACACUGUGUGUAUGACUUUGUGCUUAAAGGAAUCAAACUUUUCUGAAGACGACAGAAAAAGCGUGCCUACCUCUCAUAGUGCAUAAAAAUUAUUUGAGCACGAGCACGCAGGGCAAAACGUAAGUACACACUCCCCUAUUCCCAGGAUGCAGGCAUGCAUAAUAACAAAUCAACAUGCUAUAUUAAUAUAUGAACCUGGUGAAAUUCACAAAGUACUUUAACAACUGUUACACCAGCAAGGGGUUGGGUCUCAUGGUGCUUCCUUUUUCAGUAUUGCAUCUGUACUGCCACUGUAGCUCAAUUCCACCUUGCAAAGCUUGCAUUUCAUCUCCCCCCUACUAAUGUUAUAGCAUUGUUGCGUUAUUUUUAUUUUUAUUUUAAUUUUUUCUCUUUAUGAUAAUGAUCGCGACCUGUUAGUGGUAGUUUUGAUGAAAUUAGGGAUUUUAACGAUCCCAAUUUCGUUUAAACGUCACACCCCUACUUUGUACAACCUCGCCAACGCACGCACCCCCAUCCCCACCCACACAGCCCUUUUCACCAGGAUGUGGGGAUUAGUAGGUUUGUUUCCGUGGUUACAGGGGAGCCAGCCGAGGGCUGUUGUACAUCUCUGAGCUGUAUCCAGCCCAAUUAUGGACCCUGUUACUCCCCCUACCUUUGUUGUAAACAGAAGGUCUACCAUUUUUUUUUUGCCAAUACAAUGUUAUUGACAUGAUGCCUAUGAUCUCCUGUUUUGCACCAUCCCUGACCUCUAACAAGCUCUGAUACGUCCCCUCUCUCUCUCUGACACACUUCCAAACGGUGGUAUACAGUGGCGAUUUUAGCAUGUAAAUCUUGGUGGGGCAAACAUCCAUUUUUUUUAAUGCAUGCCAGCAAAGCCACUACACAACACUAAACAAUACAUUAAUUGCGCUAUAACGGUGACAAAUGGUGCCCACAAACUGUUAGGGCCUACAUAAAGCUGUCCCAACAGCAAAGCUUUCUUUUCAGCACCUUGGAAUGAGUCCUUACCACAGCUACACCUGGCUAUCAGUGGAGCCUUGUCUGGCAGCGAAACAGUUCAUUCUGCCUCAUUUACUGCCUUUAAAAAAAAACAUAGCUGAUGGCUGACUUGCUUAAACAAAUGUGGUUCUACUGACAAAUGAGAUGUACAAACUAUGGCAUAAGGGGACGAUGAGCGGAUAAGAGGCAAUCCGUAAUUUUGAUUAAGACAUUAAUGAGCGAGCUAGGACGGACGUAGUCAAUAUAGCUAUUUGUUCAGCAGUUUUGAAAUGUACAGCGACAGAAUUCAUUCUUACAGUAUUCACGCUGUACACCAAGUCAGAACCGUAGGACAGAUAAAGGGGGCAUAUAAAAUCUUACAAUAUUCGAUGAUUACAUUUCUCUAAAACAGGCUAUAGGCUGUUCUGAGCACCACCAAGUCAGAACAGUAGGCUAAGUUGUGAGGGGGAAAGGGAACAAAUUAUUAGGGUCAGCCACAUGGGCUACUAACAGCUUCCUACACAACAUACACUUAGUAUUACAUUCUUAGCUACAGUAUACAUAUCUCCCUGGCAUAUUACAUCAUUUACGCAGCAGCAUACAAUACAUUUCUGGACCUUGUUGUGCUGUCCUCACUUGAACAGGAAGGUGGUGCGGCGGUCCUUGUGGGCAAAUUGUCAUCAAACAUUGUCAGAGAAUGCCAGACUUUGACGUCAAAAUUUGCCCACAAGGACUGCCGCGCCACCUUCCUGUUCAAGUUUUCAAGACAACUGGGAACCCCAACAACAAAAAAAGAGGCCUGAGUUCCCAGUUGUCUUGAACUCACUGAAGUCUGAUAUUUCCCAGUUCAGAGUUUCCAGUUGUUUUGAACGCGGCAGAAGUCAUGCUGGAUUGACAGCAUGGGCAAUGUAUUUGGCCAUUUCUGGCCGAUGGUGUUGAAUGUUUAUCCUUUUUAAGCUUGGAAAAUAGAACCUUGAACCCAGACUUGGACCACACACCCACUCCGCUGAAUAGCAGGCUAGUGAUUGCUUUGCAACGGUUGCAGUUAGCCACUGAUUCCUUCCAAACCACUCAUGGUUGAAUUUGUGAUUUCCAACUUACUGUGUAAUGUUUAUGUCCAAUGGCCGAUGAGCACCGCUACGUUUUAACUAUAAUUUCUCUUCAUAUGACAAGGAUUGAAAAGGAUUUGCCAGUAGAUUGUCGACGUGAUUAAUGAUGAUGACUGCUUGUCUAGCUUACUAGCUAAGAUUUUGAAAGUAUGAUGUUGACAUGAUCAGUCCAAUCAAAGCUACAGUAGAUAUAACGUCAUUUUACUUCAUUUUAUCUGUGACAAAUGACCUUGAGCAUUCUUGGAUGGGCACUUCUAAUGUAACUCUAUGACAGCACCCAAGGGGCUUGAAUUUUCUUGCCCUCCCCAUGAGUGACAGAACACUGAGCCAAUCACGGCGCAACUAGAGAAAAUGACCAACCCCUACGCUCUGUAUUUUUCACUGGCUGCCCCACCACCACAGAAAGCACAGAGCUAGCCUUACUCAAGAAAGCAAAAAAGAGACCAUGUUUGUAUGCAGCUUUAUUAACUUAAUUAUUAUUCGUUUUUUACAUUGUUUGCAAACUUUAAUGUGACACGUAUUAAUGCCAAAAUCAAAUAUACAGUACCAGUCAAAAGUUUGGACACACCUACUCAUUCAAUAGUUUUUCUUUAUUUUUUACUAUUUUCUACAUUGUAGAAUAAUAGUGAAGACAUCAAAACUAUGAAAUAACACAUAUGGAAUCAUGUAGUAACCAAAAAAGUGUUAAACAAAUCAAAAUAUAUUCAAAUAGCCACCCUUUGCCUUGAUGACAGCUUUGCACACUCUUGGCAUUCUCUCAACCAGCUUCACCUGGAAUGCUUUUCCAACAGUCUUGAAGGAUUUCCCAGAUAUACUGAGCACUUGUUGGCUGCUUUUCCUUCACUCUGCCAUUCAACUCAUCCCAAACCAUCUCAAUUGGGUUGAGGUCGGGGGAUUGUGGAGGCCAGACCAUCUGAUGCAGCACUCCAUCACUCUCCUUCUUGGUCAAAUAGCCCUUACACAGCCUGGAUGUAUGUUGGGUCAUUGUCGUGUUGAAAAACAAAUGAUAGUCCCACUAAGCCCAAACCAGAUGGGAUGGCGUAUCACUGCAGAAUACUGUGGUAGCCAAUGCUGGAUAAGUGUGCCUUGAAUUCUAAAUAAAUCACAGACAGUGUCACCAGCAAAGCACCCCCACACCAUAACACCUCCUCCUCCAUGCUUUAUGGUGGGAAAUACAGUGAGGGGAAAAAGUAUUUGAUCCCCUGCUGAUUUUGUACGUUUGCCCACUGACAAAGACAUGAUCAGUCUAUAAUUUUAAUGGUAGGUUUAUUUGAACAGUGAGAGACAAAAAAUCCAGAAAAACGCAUGUAAAAAAUGUUAUGAAUUGAUUUGCAUUUUAAUGAGGGAAAUAAGUAUUUGACCCCUCUGCAAAACAUGACUUGGUACUUGGUGGCAAAACCCUUGUUGGCAAUCACAGAGGUCAGAUGUUUCUUGUAGUUGGCCACCAGGUUUGCACACAUCUCAGGAGGGAUUUUGUCCCACUCCUCUUUGCAGAUCUUCUCCAAGUCAUUAAGGUUUCGAGCCUGACGUUUGGCAACUCAAACCUUCAGCUCCCUCCACAGAUUUUCUAUGGGAUUAAGGUCUGAAGACUGGCUAGGCCACUCCAGGACCUUAAUGUGCUUCUUCUUGAGCCACUCCUUUGUUGCUUUGGCCGUGUGUUUUUGGGUCAUUGUCAUGCUGGAAUACCCAUCCACGACCCAUUUUCAAUGCCCUGGCUGAGGGAAGGAGGUUCUCACCCAAGAUUUGACGGUACAUGGCCCCGUCCAUCGUCCCUUUGAUGCGACGAAGUUGUCCUGUCCCCUUAGCAAAAAAACACCCCCAAAGCAUAAUGUUUCCACCUCCGUGUUUGACGGUGGGGAUGGUGUUCUUGGGGUCAUAGGCAGCAUUCCUCCUCCUCCAAACACGGCGAGUUGAGUUGAUGCCAAAGAGCUCAAUUUUGGUCUCAUCUGACCACAACACUUUCACCCAGUUCUCCUCUGAAUCAUUCAGAUGUUCAUUGGCAAACUUCAGACGGCCCUGUAUAUGUGCUUUCUUGAGCAAGGGGACCUUGCGGGCGCUGCAGGAUUUCAGUCCUUCACGGCGUAGUGUGUUACCAAUUGUUUUCUUGGUGACUAUGGUCCCAGCUGCCUUGAGAUCAUUGACAAGAUCCUCCCGUGUAGUUCUGGGCUGAUUCCUCACCUUUCUCAUAAUCAUUGCAACUCCACAAGGUGAGAUCUUGCAUGGAGCCCCAGGCCGAGGGAGAUUGACAGUUAUUUUGUGUUUCGUCCAUUUGCGAAUACUUGCACCAACUGUUGUCACCUUCUCACCAAGCUGUUUGGCGAUGGUCUUGUAGCCCAUUCCAGCCUUGUGUAGGUCUACAAUCUUGUCCCUGACAUCCUUGGAGUGCUAUUUGGUCUUGGCCAUGGAGGAGAGUUUGGAAUCUGAUUGAUUGCUUCUGUGGACAGGUGCCUUUUUAUACAGGUAACAAACUGAGAUUAGGAGCACUCCCUUUAAGAGUGUGCUCCUAAUCUCAGUUUGUUACCUGUAUAAAAGACACCUGGGAGCCAGAGACCUUUCUGAUUGAGAGGGGGGUCAAAUACUUAUUUCCCUCAUUAAAAUGCAAAUCAAUUUAUAACAUUUUGACAUGCAUUUUUCUGGAUUUAUUUGUUGUUAUUCUGUCUCUCACUGUUCAAAUAAACCUACCAUUAAAAUUAUAGACUGAUCAUUUCUUUGUCAGUGGGCUAACUUACAAAAUCAGCAGGGGAUCAAAUACUUUUUUCCCUCACUGUGUGUGUAUAUAUAUAUAUAUAUAUAUAUAUAUAUAUAUAUAUAUAUAUAUAUAUACAUACACACACACACAUAUAUGUAUGUAUGUGUGUGUGUGUGUGUGUGUGUGUGUGUGUGUGUGUGUGUGUGUGUAUGUAUGUAUAUAUAAUAGCUAAACAGGUCAGGCUCUGCCCUGAAUGACAGGUCGCCACUGGUAGUAUACUUCUCUUAUCUUUUCCAUGAAAUGUCCACUGGUUCACUCCCCCUUAUGGAAGUAAGAGAAAUGGACAGGUGUAAGAACUAUAGUCGGAACUCCCUCUAGCCUUAUGGAGGUGCCCACUUAGUUGUGCACCCAGUAAUGUUUCCUUUGCUCUUUCUCCCCUUCUCUUUCCCCUCUCUUUCCCCCAGCAUUUUCCUGUGAGGCGGGGGAGUUUCUGGAGAUGUCUGCUCAGGAGUGUACUCAGUGUGCAGCAGGUACCUACUCUCUGGGCAGCGGCAUUCGCUUUGAUGACUGGGAAACCAUCCCCACCGGGUUCAGCUCCCUAGCAACUUACCUCGACAAUGGUCCCCAUGGAGACGACAGCACUGCCUGCAACAGGUGUGGGAAGAGGAGGGGUUUAGCUUGUUAUGAUUUUUAAAUCAUAGUGUCGUUGCAGUUCUCACAUACAUCUCAUGAAUCUCUGCUGUGUGUGUGUCCAGUUCGUCGUGGUUCCCCCAGGGUAGUUACCUGGAGUCUAACAGAGAUGAGUGUACUGUCUCUCUGAUCUAUGCUGUCCAUCUGAAGAAACCGGGAUCAGUCUCCUUUGACUACCAGUACCCAGACGGUAACCUCUUCUUCGUGUUCUUUGUGAGUCUUCUACUUCAUUCUCUCAUUUCUAUGAUAUCUUCUAGUUAGUGAGAGUAAAUUCUUCUCUGCAGUACCUUCUUGACCAAGUAGCGCUAUAAAUAUGCUGAAGUGAUAUUAACUAUUUUAUAUAUUGAUUGAUUGUUUGAUGUUCUGAUUGGUUGGCAGGUCCAGAAUGACCAGUGUCAGGAGAUGGACCAGACUGCUGAUAAGAAGUGGCUCAAGCUCACCAGUCACGGGGAGUGGGCCAAACACACUGUAAGAGCUGUGUUUGUUUGUAAUUAAGUUCUAAGUCAUGGUCCUCAAGACCCAAAUUGAGUGCAAGCUUUUGUUUUAGCCCAGCAUUAGCGCAUCUGAUUUCACUAGUCAACUAAUCACCAAGCCCUUGAUUCAUUGAAUCAUGUGUGUCUAAGGUCUAAAGGGUUAGACAGCCUCUGAGGCUACAGCACCCUCUAGUGUCAAGUAUUGGGAUGCUUUCAGCUCGUAUCUGUGUAGAUGGGCAUUCUAAACCCAGGUCUCUACUGUGUGUGUUCAAGGUGAAUCUGAAUUCUGGCACUAACAUCUUGUACUGGAGGACAGCAGGGGUCCUGAUGGGAGCUAAAGUAGUCAAACCUGUUCUGCUGAAGAACGUCCACAUAGAGGGUAGGACCACCGUGUGUUUGUCAUUAUUGUAGUUGUUCAUGUCAGUUCCCCUCUGUCCUUAAGUGUUAUUUUCUCUCUUUAGGAGUGGCGUAUGCAUCUGAGUGUUUCCCGUGUAAACCAGGGACGUUCAGUCAAACCCCAGGCUCUUCCUCAUGUCAGCCCUGUCCCAGAGACACCCACUCUGGCCACGGAGCCAGCUCCUGUACCCCCUGCAACACCACCACACUCUAUGCACGUAGGCUCACACAAAUAUAAGCAUGCUGACAAGUCUAGGUGCAGACACCUAUACACAACUUCUGUUUUUAGAGUUAAAACAUGAGUUUGAACAGCUUAUUGGUUAUAUUACGGUUCUUUAUCUUUUAAACAUCUCUCCCUCUUUCACUGCACCCCCCCCCCCCCCCCCCCCCCCCUCUCUUCCAGCGGAGGGGUCAGCUGAGUGCAAAGCGAGACCACCAUGCUCCAAGAAGGAUUACUUUCAGAUCCACACCCCAUGUGACCUUGAGGGCAAGGUGAGAAAACCAACUCACCCUCCCAAUACCACAUCCAUUAUCGCCCGAUUGCUUACACCUAUUUAAUCCUUUUUGAUCUACACAAGUGCCCAUGGAGGGGUUAGCCAUUCUAGCUCCGGUAUCCCUACAAUUCACUGUCUGUCCUCCAUGUUGGCUCUCUGUAUGGUUACAGUUUCGUCAUCCUCCAUGUUGUCUCUGUGUGUGUGGUUUCAGACGCAGGUGACCUACAGGUGGGUGGAGCCUCAGAUCUGUCUGGUGGGCGUGCCCGGGGCUGAAACACUGCCCCCCUCUGGUGACCGUGAGGCCUGCCCCCCCUGCAACCCCGGUUUCUAUAACAAUGACACAGCUACGUGCUCUCCCUGCCCCCCCGGGACAUUCUCUGAUGGGGUCAAAGGUGACGACAAAAUACCCCUUUCUCCCAUGUCCUCUUCUAUCUCUCUUGUCCUCCUCUUUCUGUAUUGCCUAAUGGGAUCUGGUUUUUAUUUACGUUUGCUUUCCUACGUUAUGAUCUCUAUUUCUCUCCCUCUUCUUUUACGAUUCUCUACCUCUCUCCCAGCAUGUGAGUCGUGUCCUGCUGGUACUGAGCCUGCUGUAGGUUAUCAGUACAAGUGGUGGAACGUCCUUCCAGCAAGCAUGAAGACAUCCUGCUUCAAUGUGGGAAACUCCAAGUGUGACGGCAUGAACGGUGGGUGCAGCUGCUCUCUCUGAGGCCUAGAGGGUGUUGUUGCGCUUUGCUGUUUUUGACAUGUUCCCCUUAGGCUAUGGGGUGGCCAACCCUCCUUCUGGAAAACUGCUAGGUAGGCUGGCUAUUACAGCAGGAUGAGAAUAAAGAGAGGGUAGCUCUCCAGGAGGAGGGUUGUGUACCCCUGCCUUAGGCACUUCCGCAUAAUGCAUAGAGGGGCCACAGGCCACAUUUGAGUUAAAUAGUCAGGGAAGACCCUGGUAUGUGUGCGUGUCGUGUGUGUGUGUGUUCUGACGUGUCUCUCCGUCAGGUUGGGAGGUGGCGGGGGAUCAUAUCCGCAGUGGAGCAGGGGGCUCUGAUAACGACUACCUCAUCCUCAACCUCCAUGUACCUGGUUUCAAGUGAGUCCAAUCAUCUCAAUCUGUCUCUGUCUUAUUGUCACGAUACCAACAUUUUACUAAUGAUACCAGGCCAAGUAUCACGAUACCAAGUAAUAUCACGAUACCACAGGAAAAAUAAUUCUGAAUGGCUUAGCGUCUUGUUCGCCUCGUUCCCCGGACGCUUGUUCCUGUUUUCUAAACGUUCUGUGCAUGUACUACUCAAAAACCUGUCACUAAUAUUCGCACUUCUACGCAAUGUAACACAUUGAAUUUAACUUCACACUGUUCACUGUAUAAUAGAAUACUGCAUAGAAUGGCUGAUUUGCAAAGGCUUACCUGUGAUUUGGCUGGAAGAAUGGGAGGAAAUAAUAUAAAUGCAUAAUGAUCUGCAUGUCAUUGUGGAAGUAAGGGGAAAACACUGCAUGAAACCAUCUUACUCUUCAGUUAACACAAACCAAUAAUUUAUCAAACCAAUAAUUAACGCCCUGGGAUUAGUUUAAAAUGGACCGCGACAAGGUUUGUGAAAUUAUAUAAAAUGUGAUCGAAAGGUAGCUCCGGUAAUAUGGAUCAUAUUUUUUUAAUGGUUUGGCCUAGAGACGAGCUGUUUUCUUUUCUGUAAAGCUGCAAGCAUGCUGCGUGACAGCGAACUUCCAAAGUCUACUGAGACUGGCCUGUGCUCUUGGUUAAACUUUGCUCGCUCUGUGCACUGCUCCAAUGUAUCAAAUGUACAAAUUUAACAACAGUUGACUCAUCAGGGACUGCAUCCCCACUCGCCAUCAUGGCUAAAUUAUAUUUUUAAAACUGCUGGAGCAAUAGAAGAGUGGACGCAGAGAACCUGAAUGCGAUGGCUGGUAGGGGAUGUGGCUGGCUGAUUACAGCUGCCACAUGUAAUAUGCGUGUGAAAGUGAAGUGGACGUUACUGGACCGGCGCUGUUGCUUAAAAUGUUUUACUGAAUUUAUUUUUACUGGCUUUAUAAACAUUUUAUAACAGGCGCCAGCAAGUUCUUUAAAUUGGUAGGUCCGAAUAAUUUGGUAGUAUCAUAUGAAACGGUACUACUGUAUCCUAAAAUGUUUAUCAUAAGUAUGAUGACGUUUUGGUAUCGUGAUAUUACCGUGGCACCGGUAUACUGUGCAACACUACUCUGUCCCUCGCUCUCUCUCUUCCCCUCUCCUUCUAUCUCUCUCUUAAUGUGUGUGUGUGUGUGUCCGUGUCCUCAGGCCUCCUACAUCAGGGACAGAGUUUGGCCGUAUCAGCUUUGAGUUUGAGAUGGUGUGUUCAGCUGACUGUGAGCUGUACUUUAUGAUGGUGAGAACAACACAGGAUAAAGAAAAAUCCACACUCAAUGCAAAAAGUAUACGAGAGCAUCUAGAAAAGUGUGUGGGUAUUUCUAUUCCUUUAAUGAAUUUUGUAAUUGGCAUCUGGGAAAUAGUUGGAGAUGUGCACACUACUUUUGAACUGUGUAAAGGAAAUUACAUCACUCUGUGUAGGAUGUAAACAGGAAGAGUACGAGGGUGGUGGCGUCAUGGGAGGGCAGUAAGGUCAGACAGUCCUACACACACAUCAUGACCAAGAACGCAUCUAUGUCAUACACCUGGGCCUUCCAGAGGACCAACCAGGCCUCUGACGUAAGUACACACACGCGCAGGCUCGCACACACACACUGUAUACAAAAUUGGAUACUGCACUAAUGUAUACAGACACAAUCAUAUACUAGUAGUGCAUUUUCUCACUCUUCCUACUUUCAUCUUUCUUUCUCUCUCUCUCUCUCUCUCUCUCUCUCUCUCUCUCUCUCUCUCUCUCUCUCUCUCUCUCUCUCUCUCUCUCUCCAAAUCCCCCCCCCCCCUCCCCCAGGUGCGUCAGAAUGUGAACAACGUGGCACGUAUCUACUCCAUCUCAGUGAGUAAUGCUGUAGACGGUGUGUCGUCAAAGUGUCGGGCCUGUGCCCUCCUCUCCCAGCCCUCCGGCUCGCUGUGUGUGCCCUGCCCUCCAGGACACUACAUACACACACACACCAGCCAGUGCACCGAGUGCCCCUCCAACACACACCUUACCUCACACAGCACCCUGGGGCCAGAGGCCUGCAAACCCUGUGGACCUUCCAGCAAGAGUAACAAGGUGUGUGUGUGUGUGUGUGUGUGUGUGUGUGUGUGUUAUGAGUGUUUUGUUGAUAUCUGUGUCACAGCAAGCGUGUGUUUGUGUGUGUCAAGGUUGGUCAAUAAAAGUGUGUGUCCAUUGUUGAUUCCCCCAGGGCACAACUGAAUGUUUGUGUUUUUACAGGAGCACAGCAUGUGCUACAGUGACUGUGUGUUCUCCUACUCUGAGAACAACGUGUCUCUGAGUUUUGACUACAGUUCUCUGGGCUCUGUUGGAACGUUAAUGAACGGACCCAGUUUUACCUCCAAAGGAACCAAAUACUACCACAUCUUCAACAUCAGCCUCUGUGGAGGAGAGGUACACGCACACACACGCACACACACACUGAUUAACAAUAUUUGCAACCUACAAUUACAUUGUGAUGCUGAAUUGAGCUUCAAAUUCUCAGGGUAGAAGGGCUGUGUGUACAGACAACGUGACUGACCUAUCCAGCGCCGAUUCUCAGAAAGACACAGGGGAACCAGCCAAUGCGGUGGAGACUUUAGUCUGUCAAUCAACCAUUAUCCCCUCCAGUGGGCAGGGCUUCCACACAGCACUAUCCUCUCAGUCCAUCAGCCUAGCAGACACCUUCCUGGGUGAGUACACACACACACACAUUUUCCUUGUAACCUGAUGCCGAUCGUUGGCGCUGGUGUAUAGUAGGCAUUCAUUUAUUGAUGGAUGUGUGUAGGAGCGACAGUGGCCUUGACUCUGGAUGGAGUCAAGGCAAGACCAGACCUGUUCCCACAGACCACCAACAAAGUCCCUGACGUCAACUUCUUCUACCGGUAGCUUUAUGUUUUCUACAUCCUAAAACACAAAUUCUAAAUCAUAACUACUUCUGUGAAUAGUGUUUUUGGGGCUCAACUAAAGGUUUGGGGUAGUUUUUAGUUGCUCUUAAUCAGUAGUACCCUGUUGUUUUUUCACCAAAUGUUGUGUUUCUAUUGGAUAGUUCUCUGGAGGUGACCUCGUCAUGUGAUAAAGGUCGUAAUGUGGUGGUGACGCUUCGCUGUAACCCGGAUAGAAGCACACAAGGAGAACUCACAGUACCCAGGUACUGUCUAUCUGCCUCCUUUCCUCUCUUCUUGCCCCUCUCUCUCUUUCUGUCUCUUUUCCUCUUUCUGUCUUGCUCAGAAACUGCAGCCUCAAAGGAGAUUACUAGUAAAGGGAGAGACUUCAAAAAAAGUCCAAGCUCGAAAUGAACUGCAAGCUGAAUUCACAGAAACUCUGCAUCCUCUUGUGACUGUUAAAUUAGUAAGAAGCUGUUUGCUUUUACUACAAGGCAGCUAGUUAUCUAACUCUGUGUGAUGGAGCUUCAUGCUGCAUGCUGGGGGAAUACGGGAAGCUGAGAACACACAUGGAUUUAUCACUCAGAUUUGAUCAGAUUACAUCUAAUUGAAACUGUCCUUAUAACGUAAAGGUUAGAUUAGUACAUUGUAGUAACAGUGACAGUAUGUUUCUCUGUUGUAGUCAGUGUCCGGCGGGGACGUGUGAUGGCUGUACCUUCCACUUCCUGUGGGAGAGCUUGGGGGCGUGUCCUCAGUGCACAUCCACAGACUACCACCAGAUAGAGGGAGCCUGCAAGGGAGGACUACAGGUGUGUGUGUGUGUGUUACUAAUCGAUACCCUGCAGGGAGCUGCUAUCUGCUCUCACUCUGAAUCCUUUAGAAAAAUGUUCUCUUUCAUAGCAUUACACACUCACACAUGUUCACUGUGUCCCUCUCCCCAGGACACUCUGUAUGUGUGGACUGAGCCAAAGCGGUGUGUAGGAGGGGUGUCCCUCCCAGCGAUGAAGACCUGGCCAUGUGAGAGCAUGGACUUCUUGGUAAAGAUGGGGGCGACUAUAGGAGCCUUCACCGCCGCACUCCUCUUCUCCAUCACCUGCUAUUUCUGGAAGAAGAACAAGAGGUAGGAAUUCAUUCAUUCUUACAUACAUAUGUUUGGAAGAAGUACUAGAGUAGUACUGAAGAUUGGUGAUUUUUCUAAGUCCCGCCUACCCCUGACUCUGGUAGGCUGGAGUUUAAGUACUCGAAGCUGGUGAUGUCGUCCAAUAAGGAGUGUGAACUGCCGGGGGCGGACAGCUGUGCCGUGAUGGAGGGAGAGGAGAACGAGGGAGAGAUGGAGGACGAGGUGGUCUACUCCAAAAAAACAUCCCUGAUACGCAAACUCAAAGCCAUCGCAUCUAGGGUAAGAGUCAGAUCCACUAUGCAGCUAUGCAGAAAUCAAACUACAUUACCUACAUGUGUGGGUGUGUGUGCACGCAUGGUGUGUGUGUGUGUGUGUGUGUGCAGAAUCUGUUUCUCCCAUGGACUAAUGUGUGUCUGUGUAUUUCAUCCACAGGGAAACAGAAGAAGCUAUGAAAAUGUCCAGUUGAACUCCUCACAGUCAAACGGGUUGGUGUGGGGGUGA